AUGUCAACUCUGCUGACUAUAAUUGGGGGCCAUGGAGGAGGUCAAUUUUCAUUUACUGGUCAGGAUGUUGGGGCCAGUCUAGAGAGGAUCUGGGUUUGGGUGGGAGGAUCGCAGGUGAAGGCUGUCAGGGUCUGGCUAACAAAUGGGAGAAAUGAAACCUUUGGAAAGCCGUCCGGAAAUUAUAAAGAGUACACAUUCCAGCCUGGUGAGUAUUUCACCUCACUGUCUCUGUGGGGGAACGGAGCUGGAACGCGUCUUGGAGCCAUCAGAUUCAAGACCAACCGAAAUGGAACUUUUUUUGUGAAUAUGACAAGCUGGCCAUUAAAAACUGAAUACCCUAUCGAUGUCGGCUCUGGAUUUUGUCUUGGAGUUGUAGGAAGAUCUGGUUCAGACAUCGACUCUAUGGGAUUUCUGUUUGUCAAUAAAGUUCAAUCAGUAGUUCUCACCAAUGUCAAGUAUCCCAACAUUAAACAGAUGAUUCCUCAGGUGAUCACUGAAGAACUCAAAUCUGUCACUUAUAAGAACGGCACCUCCGUCAGUCAAAAGCAAAAAGUUGAAACCUCAAAGAAAGUUACCAAAACAACCUCUUGGUCUGUGACUGAAAACAUUACCCACACAUUUUCAGUGGAAGUGAAGGCUGGGAUUCCAGAGAUUGCAGAAAUUUCAACAGGAUACAGUUUUACUAUCGCAAAAGAAAACACUUUCCGUCAGGAGCAGACAGAUGAACGAAUGGAAACACUCUCUUCAGAAAUAGAUGUCCCACCAGGAAAGAAGGUGGAUGUUGAUAUCACCAUCGGCAGAUCCAGUUUUGACAUGCCUUACACUGGCACAGUAAAGAUCACAUGCAAAAAUGGCAGUGUGUUACAGUUUGAAACUAGGGGCCAAUACAAAGGCAUUACUUACACUGAUAUCAAAAUUAACACUGAAGAAUCCAAUCUUUGAUUUCAAGACAGAUUGUGCUUUAGAAUGUGCAAUAUUUUUGAUUUUACUUAUCUGCUUUUAUCAAUUGAUCUACAUGUCAUUGUAAUUUGAUUGGGUGUUUGG